CGCUGCUGCCGUCUCUCCUCGGUGCCUGCGGUGCGGCGCGAUCCCGCGUGUCAAGGCCGCUCAGGGGUAGUCGGGAGGGCCGAGAGGGGCUGGGCCGUGCCGGUUAAAUCCCUGAGUUUCGCCGGAACGUGCGGCGAGGAGCCCGGGGGCGGGGUGGGGGACGCGUUUUGGUGUGGCAGAACGCGGAAGCGGCGCGGUGCGGCGCCCCCGGCACCGGCAGCGCCAUCGCCGCGAUGUCCUCCGACUUCGAGAGCUACGAGCAGGACUUCGCCGUGCUCACGGCGGACAUCACGGGCCGCAUCGGGAAGGUGCCGAAGCUGGUAGGAGAUGAGAAGAAGCAGAUGGUUGCAAAUGUUGAGAAACAGCUCGAAGAAGCGAGGGAACUGCUUGAGCAGAUGGAACUUGAAGUCCGAGAGAUCCCACCUCAAAGCCGAGGGAUGUACAGCAGUCGAAUGAGGAGCUACAAACAAGAAAUGGGAAAACUUGAAGCUGACUUUAAAAGGUCACGAAUCGCCUACAGUGAUGAGGUGCGGAAUGAACUCCUGGGGGAUGACGGGAAUUCCUCAGAGAACCAGUUGAUAAAAUUACGUGAAGAGAGGGCACAUCUGCUCGAUAACACAGAGAGGCUGGAAAGGUCAUCUCGGAGACUAGAGGCUGGAUACCAAAUAGCAGUGGAAACCGAGCAGAUUGGACAGGAGAUGCUUGAAAACCUCAGCCAUGACAGAGAGAAGAUCCAGCGGGCUCGGGAGAGGCUUAGAGAAGCAGAUGCAAACCUGGGGAAGAGUUCCAGGAUUUUGACGGGAAUGUUGCGAAGGUAAGGCCAAGGAUCAUCCAAAACCGGAUUUUGAUUGUUGUGCUGGCAGUCAUCAUCAUCUUCACCACCAUGAUGGCUAUUUAUUUUUCUGUCAGGGGACGCUGAUAUCUUUGUUCUUCACUAAACAGCAACAAACUGCUUGUUCUGAGUAAUUAAGACAAAGUGGUCACAU